AUGUUCCCCGAUGAAUUAAAGGAUCUAACGCCGAUUAAGGAGAAGCGUAUCGCACUGAAUUCGUGCUACGGCUUCAUCGCCCAGUAUAGUAUCCCUAAUAGUCCGAGGCAAGGUGUGAGGUAUAGGAGGCACAUCAAGGGGCACAUCACCGUCUUCCCCAACAACGUGCAGGAGCUGGUGGCCAACGUCCUCCCGCAUCCGCUCCUGAAGGUGAUGGACGAGAUUCAUAUGUCCUGGCAGGGGAAAGAGAAGCCCGUACCAAGCGAUUUGUCAGUCCUUCUAUCGGUUCGGCGUCGGGUAGUAGAGAAGGCACUGGUAUGGCUGAAGCGGCAUAAUCCGCUGUAUGGUCAUAUUAAGAUCGAUGUAGCCGAAUUGGAGAGCUGGGAUACGCCCUCGCACGGGGUACUAUCUCGAGUAUAUGAGCGGUUAAGACGGGAUGAGCCAUCGGCGCAGGAGAAGGCACGAACUGGGCAGUUAGUUCCACCCACAGAGCGCGGCCUAGAUGAAGGAGAGGCGAUAGAUAUUCGAGAAGUCCUGGCCACGUUAGGUGAGGGGUACGAUAUCGAGCCCGACCAGGACGUAACAGGAGAACCCGAACAGGGCGAUACUGCCGAUAGGGAUAGGGACAGGGUCUCUAACGGCGCUGCAGUUCCCGUUUAUGAAACCAGUUCAUCGGGCAUGACGGCAGAGGUUCGGCGUGGGAAUGGUGCCGAGCCGUAUAUCGUGGUGAAUCGGGGCGAGGACUUUGCCGAUCCGUUCGAUGUACGGUUCUUCGCAAAGACGUUCCCAGCGCUAUUCCCCCUCGGUCGUGGAGGCCCACUUCAGGCGGAUGAGAGCAUACAGGACGCCGCCGGGGAGAGAGACGUGGGCAUUGAGGCGGGCCGGGCACGAGACCUCAUUUCGUCGCGGAACAUGGGACUGGUGACGUGGGCCAAACUGGUCCUCCAGCGUCACGGCGGUCGAUUCGCGUCACACCCUAUCUUUGCCUUUCUCGUUUUUAAUGUGGGUAUCCGGUCAAGGAACCGCCGCGUUAGUAUGGCGAGUGUGAAGAGGAAGGAAUUCCCCGAAGUUGAGCGUCUUAUACGUUUGCUAAGCGUGGAACGGCUAGAGCGUGCUAAGGUCGAACUAGAGGUUUCACGGACGACGAGCGACGAGGGCGUGAAUCAGUUAUUAAGGAGCCUGUCGCUGUAUGGAUAUCGCCAGCCGAUGUCGAGGGAGAGUCGUUUAAACAUGCGGCGUAAGAUCCAGUCCCUUAUCAUUCGGGAUGGCAUCCCGGCCAUCUGGUUCACGCUGAAUCCGAACGACAUUACUAAUCCGAUCAAGCUCCGGCUUGCCGCGUAUCGGACCCGAGAUCCGGAGGAGGCUGAAGCGUUCUUAACUAGCCUAGAUCUAGCGUAUAAGCGAGCACGGCUGGCGAUCUCGGACCCGCUCAGUUCGGCCCUUUUCUUCCAUAGGGAGAUUUCCCUAUUUUUCAAGCACUAUGUAAAGACAGGGGAGGACUCGGUGUUUGGGCGGAUCAAUCGGUAUUUCGGAGCCGUAGAGACCAACGAGCGCGGGUCUCUCUAUGUCCACGGGCUUCUCUGGCUCCAGGGAAAUAUGCAGCUGAGUUCUAUUCUACAGGACAAUAAUGAAGAGGAUCGGGAGGCAUAUCGGGAGCGGGUUACUCGAUAUGUAGAUAGCGUGUUUACCGAGGAUCUCGAUUACGAGGCGUUCUCCGCCGUUCGGGCGGAACGGUCCGUAAUGUCGGACAUAUCGGCGCUACUAGCGAACCGCGAGCAAUUCGCCGCCGCGUUCGAGGAGGAGGCCAACUUCUGCGCCGGUGCUACCCAGAUCCACACCCAUAGCCCGACGUGUGUGAAAUACUCCAUCAAGGGGCAGACACGGAAGAAUCAGGACCCGUGCCGGUUCAAGGCCCCGUAG